UUGAACCAGAGCUGAGAGUUGAGUCAGGUCAAAACGUUCACUUUGUAAUCACUGCCAGUCUGGGUGGUAUCUGCUGAAGAUUGAACAGUAGGUUCACUGGUGUAUCUCCUCUGAUUCUCCACCAGAAGAUAUCGAUAAAGUAAGAACAUCGACUAUUACGACGUGACCUAUUAGGAUCAUACACAGAGGCUCAUUCAAGCCAAGGAUGUCUUCUGUUCUCCGGCCCCCUGCACUGCAUUACUUCCUGUCUCUGCGAGUUAUGAGCUUGGCCUCUCGGAUGCUGGCAUCACAGCAUGCAAAGCUUGCAGCCGUAAAGGGUCGUGACCUCAGGGACCCUGUUGCACCCACUCCCCUAUCCUUCGAGGACCCACAGGCGUUUCGGGUGAAGAGCUGGUGGGAGCUCAUGCGAGCGCUGGGGGUUUUCAGACUCUGCUCUUUCCCUACGCUGGUCAACAACUGUGGUAAGGUCAUGACGUUUACACGGACCAUCCUGGGCAAACAAGCUUUUGCUAAGGUCCUUCGCCCGUUUGUGUAUGCCCAGUUUGUUGCCGGGGAAACGGAGAAGGAGAUUUCAGAGUCCAUGGAAAAGAUGAGCUCUCUGGGACUGCGGCCCAUGCUGGCCGUCCCCAUUGAGGAGGACCUGGGAGAGAGCACUGGGGAGCGGAGGUACAAUGACAACUUGGCCGCCAUGCUGGAAUGUGUGCGGAUGUCUCACUGCAAUUCAUGGAGCAAAGAUCCCAUGAUGCAGCUGAAGAUCACAGCACUGGUCAGCCCUGAGCUUUGUGUGAAACUGACCUGCUUGCUGAAGGAACAACAGUAUGACCUGGACCUCCUGGUUGGAGCUAUGAACAGCGAGCAGGCGGUGGUGUUUCCUGGUCUCAGUGACAGUGAAAACACACAUUUUCUGUGUGGUCUCCGCAGACUGGACCAAAUAGGAGAGGCCAGUAUAAACAAGGUCAGAAUUCUAGUGGACGCCGAAUACACAUACAUGAACCCCGCGCUCUCUCUCAUCACCAUGGCCAUGAUGAAGAAGUUCAAUCAAGAUGAUGCCUGGAUCUGGAACACCUACCAGUGUUACUUGAAGGAGUCAAGGGAUCUGUUGCUAGAAGCCAUCCGUCUUUCUAAGGACCUGUCUUUCUGUCUCGGGGUCAAACUCGUUAGAGGGGCGUACAUGGACAAGGAGAGGAAACUCGCUGACAAGGAAAGACGAACAGACCCCAUUCACGAGACCUGGGAGUACACAAAUAAUUGCUACAACGGCUCUCUGGACAUCAUGCUGAACCUCAUCUCCCAGCAUCCUGACCGCUACAAGAUCAUAGUAGCGACGCACAAUGAGGAGUCUGUUAAAAGGGCAGUGGCUCGGAUGGAUGAGUUGGGGAUUGAUCGGAAUGGGGGGUCGGUGUGUUUCGGUCAGCUGCUGGGGAUGUGUGACCACGUGUCCCUCACUCUUGCCCAGCAGGGGUUCUCGGUGUACAAGUCCGUGCCGUAUGGCUCGGUGGAUGACACACUGCCCUAUCUAGUGCGGAGAGCUCAGGAGAACCGCACCGUUCUGCAAGGCAUCCGCAAAGAGAGAGACCUGCUAAGGCAAGAGGUCCACCGCAGAGUAAAAGAGAAGAUCACUUGGGCCAAGUAGAUGGUCACUAAAGCAACAGCUCAGUGAUGAAUUUACACAGUUAUAGUUGUGUAAUAUUAUAUAGCUAAUAGGCCCGAUCAUGUAGUUCCUGACACUGUAUUAUGAACAGUUACCUAUAAACAUAGAUGGUGGCUGUUACUUUAGCAUGGUUGAUAGAACUGUUACCCACUUUUCUAUUACAUAUUAGCUGAAUUAGCCAAAUACAAAACUAAAGAAGAACACAUCAGCAUCGCCUGAUCAAUUGCAUAGGGAUGUAAGGUGCCAGGAGCGAUGGACAGCCCUAUCCACAGCACCCAGGAAGCAGUUGGGGUCAGGUAGUUUGCUCAAGGGCACUUCAGUCACGUACUGUCGGCUCUGGGACUCAGCUGGGCCCACGACUGCCUCCACCUAGGAAUAGGCAAUCUAGAAAUGAGUACUACUACCAUACAAACAGUAAAAAGUCAUUAAAACGUUCCAAAAAAUUCCUGUCAGUGCCGUGGAAGCUACUUUGAAAGCAUAGCUUUGUAAGCCACCAAUUACUUCCUAUUGGAAGAGGUUGAACUAUGGUAAAGUUAUCCUUUAGGAAGAGAUCUAGUUAAGCUAUUUGUAAGAAGUUACCAAAUUGAUAAUGUAUGUGAUAUGAAAUUAUGACAAAAUAUUAUAGCACACUUUUUAAAAAGGUGGUCCUUUAAGGGUUUUUUAGUAAAGAAAAUGGUUCUGUAUAUAACCAUGAACACUCAAAGAACCUUUUGCAUGAUUAAAGAGUUAUUUGCAUCAUGAAAGGUUCUUCAGAUUGAUGGAGAAUGUGUUAUAGAGAGUUCAGUAACACUUUACUGUAGGGUGCUGUUCGUAAGGCUACACGACACCUAUAUAAGGUUGUCAUUACAACUGACAUAACCCUACAUAACUGGUUAUAAAUGCUUAUUACAACAGGCAUCAUCUGUCAUACAGGCUACUUUAGCUGACUUUGACCAAAAUUGGCAUUUUAGCAAGUAAGGCUUAUUGGAACAAUGACAACCUUAGGUUGUCAUGUAGCCUUAUGAACAGCACCCUACAGUAAAGUGUUACCAAGAGUUCUAUAUAGCACCAAAAAGGGUUCUUCUAUUGUGACGAUGUCAAACGUUUGACCAUAGAAGAAAGCUUUUUGGUGAUAUAUAGAACCCUUUUCAAAGAGGUACUACAUAGAACCAUCUGCAGCCCAUUCUCAAUAAAUCUGAAGAACCCGUUAAUUUCACAAAGAACACUUUAAUCAUGCAAAGUAUAUACAAAAUAAGUCGUAUACCAGCAAAAAAUGCCACUCAAAUUGAGUUCACUGCAAAAAGUGCCUUAAUAACUAGAAGAGUCUACACAGUGGGCCUGUCUAAAUGAUGGGCCCAUGUGUCAGAGCAUAAUCUGUUCAUUAUUCGACACUUUAGCAGUCUGUCAAAGUUCUUAUCCAGCAGGCGAUUCUGUUUGGCACUGAAAAUGCCCUUGCUGACACUAAAAAGCUGCUCAUAUGCAGGACUGGCUAGAACUUUUAUGAAGACUUUGUCAGAGAUGAGAGCACAGACAGGGAAUGUAUCCAGAAAGAUUUUCACCUCAUCUGAUUUGUCAUGAGUGAUGAUGUUAAAUUUCCUUCAGGAUCAGUAAAGUAUCUAUCUAUUUAUCUAUCGAUCUAUGUCAGGAUGAAAGAAAAAGCAGGGGCUGGUCAGUUACCAUAGCAAUGGUGAAACGAAAAAUAAAAUAACAUUAUUUUUCCUUUUAUGACCUAAAACUGGGUCACACUUUAUUUGGUUGGUCCCCAUAGAUGAUCUACAGAUACGUACAUUAUUAACAAAGUCUCUGCUGAUACUCAGUUGAUUAUCAACAACAUUAUGGUUAGGGUUAGUUUUAGAAGUUUGCCUAGGUUUUGCCCUGAGGUUAGUCCAGGGGUCGACAACAUGCGGCUCUUUUACCGCCCUGUUGUGGCUUGACAGCUGAAUUAGAUUAGUAGGC